UUCCAGAAUAUACUUGAAUUGUCAUAAUAAAUUCUCAUUGAAUUUUGAAUUAUUAAGGUCAAUAUUUUUUUUCCUGAAUAUCUAAAAUGACAUGCUAAAUAUGAUCAAUAGUGAUACUGAAAUAGUAGACCGAAUGAAGGUCGAAAACGUUUCAAAUAUGUCUAUAAAAAAUGAACCUGAAGAUUUUAAUGGUUUCAACAGUGAAAGCCAUUCUCAUCUCGAAGAAGAAUCAUUGGAUGAUGGUGGUUCUAGUUUCAACGCAUCUUCCGAUUUGGAUGAAGAUAGUUCUUGUUCUGAUGAUACAGAUAAUGAUGAUUCUUCAAAUGAUUCUGAUGGUUCAGAAAUAUCAUCCAUUGUCAAUCCUGAUUCUUCAGAAAUUUCUUCGGUUGUUUUUCCUCUUGAAACUAUACAAAUCAUUUCGGAACAAAAUGAAAUUCAAAAAGAACUGACAGAAGACGCAGCUUUAUCAAUUUCCGAAGAUGUUAGCUAUAGGAUACGUGAAUUAAUACAUUGUUCUUCCCAAUUUAUGCGACAUUCAUUUCGUACAAAACUGUCGACCAAAGAUGUUUUUCAAGCUAUGCAAGAACUUGAUUGUGAUCUGAUUUUCGGUCAUAAUAACACUAUUUCGAAUAGCAAUGAAAUGACCGACAAAGAAACUCAUUACAUAGAAGUGCCAUCAGCUGAAAUUUUUGUUGAAAAUCAUAAUCUAGUUGAUCUCAAACAGGAAACUUUCAGAUUAUUGAAGAUUAAACCACCGAAUAAAGAUGAUGAAGCUAAACUGUCACAAGCUUUCGAAAUUGAUUGGUUCAGCCUUACUAAUCCUAUCUGUGAUAAUAUCUAUUAUAUUAAUGGAAAAUCUAAUCUAAUUGACAAUUAUUUUCGAAAACUUACUGAAUUAUUGUUGAACAAUUCAAAAAUAUUAUCAUCAAAAGAACAAAAUCGUUGUCUAAAAGUAUUCUGUAUGGAUCUGUCAAAAAAUCGUUUGGUCAAAUCGCUAAUUUGUCCACUAGUUUAUUUUACUCGUAAUACGAUUAUUUCUUGGGAAAAACUUAAGCCUUCUCAUGAAGAAAUCGAUUUAAUCAAAUUCAAUCAAACACGAUUAAAAUCAAUAAAACGGCUAUUGACGGUACUUUGUUCAAUUAUACGCAAUGAAGAAUUCGUAGAUCUUACAUUUGAUUCGAAAAUUCUCGAAGAUUUUGCCGAAACGAUCCUGAUGCUUUGUUUUGAAUCCAAUUCCUUGAGUCUUUCUUUUACUCUCGAUAGUUAUUUCCAAUUAUAUCCUUUAGUAUUACAAAUACGAUCUUUUUCCGCAUAUUUGUUCACUCAAUUAUUGUACAAAUUUUCCAUCCCAUUAACCGACAUUCAACAUCGUCUUAUGAAAAUACUAUGUAUAAAAAUCAAAAAUCGUGCAGAAAAAUCAAUCGAUAAUCUUCUCGACAUAUCAUCAAUCGAUUAUGCUAUUUUAAAUCUGUUCCGUUUUCUAGGUUUCGACAUGUGUAUGCGUUAUCUGUUACCAUUACUAACUGAUGAACAAUCAUUUUUCCAUUCUUAUUUUAAAAAUCAUGAAUAUAAUGAUCGAAAAGAAUUUAUGAUUUAUCAACAGGUACGAAAUCUAGUAUUGUGCGAAAUAGUUAUGAUUGGAAAAUUAAUCCUUAAAGGGUUAAUUUUACUAUUAACUCAAAAACCCGAUGAUUUUGUCCUUGUUGAACAAAGUGAUUCAGUUUAUACAUUUUUCGGUGAAUUUUUCGGCGAUUCCUUGUAUUGUUCAUUGAUUCCUGUGAUUGAAAUACUGCGAUUAAAUGGACAGAACUUUGAUAUUUGGCUAAAAAAUUGGCGUAAAUUUGUUCCAAAUAAAAAACAAAAACUAACGGAAUAUCAUUCAGAUACAUCAAAAAUCGCACAACAAAGUUCGGAAAAAUCGCCUAACAAAUCACACCGGAAAAAAGGUACUGGAUUACUUGAAUCAAUGCUUUCAACCGAUACAACCAAAAUGCCGAAAAAUGAAUCACUUUCAAUGUUUACGGACUCAUUGUUAGAUUCAUCUCAUAAGCAAUACGAAAAAGUAUUCCUUUAUCAACAGGAUUUUGAUGAAACGCUAGAAGCUCAAUCUGAUCAUUCACCCGAAUGUUUGAUUGUAUUUGAUGGACAUAGAUUGCCACCAACCAAUACUGAUGAAGAAGAUGAAGGUGCACCCAAAAAAGUUAAGAUACAUUCAUCGACGAUACCGUAUAAAAAUUCUGAAUGGUACAAUCUCAGUGUUAAUUAUCGAUUCAAAACGAAAACAUAUCAUCAUUUUAUCAUUAGCAAUAUCAAUCAAAAUACGAGCCAAAAAAUACGUUUCGAUCCGAACCGACAUGCCAGAUUUCAUUAUCAUCGAAUUCAUCAUCAUACACGAAUCUGUACAAGUCUUUACACACAUCUUUAGCAUUAUUGCUUUUUAAAAUUUGUUUUAUAAAAUGAAUAAAAUUGUUUUAUUGU